GCGGCUGGAGUGUGGGCUGCUGGUAGGCAGCCUGCUGGUCCUGGGCCCUCGGAGGGAGGUGAGACCCGGCAGCUCCUGCCUCCCAGCCAGCACCCCCGGCCUGUGUGCUGCCCAGAGCCCCCCAGGGAAAGGUCCCCGCCGCCACCCUCAUGGAUCAGCCACAGUUCAGCGGGGCGCCCCGCUUCCUCACCCGGCCCAAGGCCUUCGUGGUGUCGGUGGGCAAGGACGCCACCCUUAGCUGCCAGAUCGUGGGGAAUCCCACGCCACAGGUGAGCUGGGAGAAGGACCAGCAGCCGGUGGCGGCGGGCGCGCGCUUCCGUCUGGCCCAGGACGGCGACCUCUACCGCCUCACUAUCCUGGACCUGGCGCUGGGCGACAGUGGGCAAUACGUGUGCCGCGCGCGCAAUGCCAUAGGCGAGGCCUUCGCCGCUGUGGGCCUGCAGGUGGACGCGGAGGCCGCCUGCGCCGAGCAGGCGCCGCACUUCCUGCUGCGGCCCACGUCCAUCCGCGUGCGCGAGGGCUCAGAGGCCACCUUCCGCUGCCGCGUGGGUGGCUCCCCGAAGCCGGCAGUGAGCUGGUCCAAGGACGGGCGGCGCCUGGGUGAGCCCGACGGCCCCCGCGUGCGCGUGGAGGAGCUCGGUGAGGCGAGUGCGCUGCGCAUUCGGGCGGCGCGGCCGCGCGACGGCGGCACUUAUGAGGUCCGCGCCGAGAACCCGCUGGGCGCCGCCAGCGCCACUGCUGCGCUCGUGGUGGACUCGGACGCCGCGGACACUGCCAGCCCUCCCGGGACCUCCACUGCUGCGCUCUUGGCGCACCUGCAGCGGCGGCGCGAGGCCAUGCGCGCCGAGGGCGCCCCGGCCUCACCGCCAAGUACCGGCACGCGCACCUGCACUGUGACCGAAGGCAAGCACGCGCGCCUCAGCUGCUACGUGACCGGCGAGCCCAAGCCCGAGACGGUGUGGAAGAAGGACGGCCAGCUGGUGACCGAGGGCCGGCGCCACGUGGUGUACGAGGACGCGCAGGAGAACUUCGUGCUCAAGAUCCUCUUCUGCAAGCAGUCGGACCGCGGCCUCUAUACCUGCACGGCGUCCAACCUCGUGGGCCAGACCUACAGCUCCGUGCUGGUCGUAGUGCGCGAGCCCGCGGUUCCCUUCAAAAAGCGGCUGCAAGAUCUGGAGGUGCGGGAGAAGGAGUCGGCCACGUUCCUGUGCGAGGUGCCCCAGCCGUCCACUGAGGCCGCGUGGUUCAAGGAGGAGACGCGGUUGUGGGCGAGCACCAAGUACGGCAUCGAGGAGGAGGGCACCGAGCGCCGCCUAACCGUGCGCAAUGUCUCGGCCGAUGACGACGCCGUGUACAUCUGCGAGACGCAGGAGGGCAGCCGCACGGUGGCGGAGCUCGCAGUCCAAGGAAACCUCCUCCGAAAGCUCCCUCGGAAGACGGCGGUGCGCGUGGGCGACACAGCCAUGUUUUGCGUGGAGCUGGCGGUCCCGGUGGGCCCCGUCCGCUGGGUGCGGAACCAGGAGGAGGUGGUGACCGGGGGCCGCGUAGCCAUCUCCGCAGAGGGCACGCGCCACACACUGACCAUCUCCCAGUGCUGCCUGGAGGAUGUGGGCCAGGUGGUCUUUAUGGCUGGCGACUGCUGGACGUCCACCCAGUUCUGCGUGUCGGGCCCCAGGAAGCCUCCCCUGCAGCCCCCUGUGGAUCCUGUGGUGAAGGCCAAGACAGAGAGUUCCGUGAUCCUCAGCUGGUCCCCACCACCCCAUGGGGAGCGCCCCGUCACCAUUGACGGCUACCUGGUAGAGAAGAAGAAACUUGGCACCUACACGUGGAUGAGGUGCCAUGAUGCUGAAUGGGUGGCUACACCUGAGCUGACCGUGGCUGAUGUGGCUGAGGAGGGGGACUUCCAGUUCCGAGUGUCAGCUCUCAACAGCUUUGGUCAGAGUCCCUACCUGGAGUUCCCGGGGACUGUCCACCUGGCUCCCCAGCUGGCCGUGAGGACACCGCUGAAGGCAGUGCGGGCAGUGGAGGGUGGCGAGGUCACUUUCUCCGUGGACCUUACGGUGGCCUCAGCGGGUGAGUGGUUCCUGGAUGGGCAGGCUCUGAAGGCCAGCAGUGUGUUUGAGAUCCACUGUGAUCGCACCUGGCACAUGCUUACCAUCCGGGAGGUGCCUGCCAGCCUGCAUGGGGCGCAGCUGAAGUUCGUGGCCAAUGGCAUUGAGAGCAGCAUCCGGAUGGAGGUCCGGGCGGCACCAGGGCUGACUCUCCACAAGCCGCCAACCGCAGCUGCCCGGGAGGUGCUGGCUCGGCUGCAUGAGGAGGCGCAGCUGCUGGCUGAGCUGUCAGAUCAGGCUGCGGCUGUGACGUGGCUGAAGGAUGGUCGCAUGCUGCCCCCAGGCCCCAAGUAUGAGGUGCAGGCAUCGGCCGGGAGGCGGGUGCUCCUUGUGCGAGAUGUGGCCCGGGAAGAUGCAGGCCUCUAUGAGUGCGUCAGCUGCGGGGGCCGCAUUGCCUACCAGCUGUCCGUGCAAGGCCUCCCAUGCUUUCUGCACAAGGACAUGGCAGGCAGCUGUGUGGAUGCCCUGGCUGGGGGCCCGGUGCAGUUUGAGUGUGAGACUUCCGAAGCCCAUGUCCACGUGCACUGGUACAAGGAUGGCAUGGAGCUGGGCUGCUCCGGUGAGCGCUUCUUGCAGGAGGAUGUGGGGACGUGGCACCGGCUGGUGGCAGCCACAGUCACCAGGCAGGAUGAGGGCACCUACUCCUGCCGUGUGGGCGAGGACUCUGUGGACUUCCGGCUCCGCGUCUCUGAGCCCAAGGCGGUGUUUGCCAAGGAGCAGCCGGCUCGCAGGGAGGUUCAGGCCGAAGCGGGGGCCAGUGCCACGCUGAGCUGUGAGGUGGCCCAGGACCAGACGGAGGUGACAUGGUACAAGGACGGGAAGAAGCUGAGCUCCAGCUCGAAAGUGCAUGUGGAGGCCGUGGGCUGUACGCGGAGGCUGGUGGUCCAGCAGGCGGGCCAGGCAGACGCUGGGGAGUACAGCUGUGAGGCCAGGGGACAGAGGGUCUCUUUCUGCUUGGAUGUUGCAGAGCCCAAGGUGGUGUUUGCCAAGGAGCAGCUGGCACACAGGAAGCUGCAGGCAGAGGCAGGAGCCAGUGCCACACUGAGCUGCAAGGUGGCCCAGGCCCAUACAGAAGUGAUGUGGUACAAGGACGGGAAGAAGCUGAGCUCCAGCUCGAAAGUGCGCAUGGAGGCCACAAGCUGCACACGAAAACUGGUUGUGCAGCAGGCAGGCCAGGCGGAUGCCGGGGAGUACAUCUGCGAGGCUGGGGGCCAGAGGCUGUCCUUCCAUCUGGACGUCAAAGAGCCCAAGGCGGUGUUUGCCAAGGAGCAAUCAGUGCAUAAUGAGGUGCAGACUGAGGCAGGAGCCAGCGCCACACUGAGCUGUGAGGUGGCCCAGGCCCAGACGGAGGUGACAUGGUACAAGGACGGGAAGAAGCUGAGCUCCAGUUCGAAAGUGCGUGUAGAGGCCACAGGCUGCAUGCGGCAGCUGGUGGUGCAGCAGGCAAGCCAGGCAGAUGCUGGGGAGUACAGCUGUGAGGCCGGGGACCAGCGGCUCUCCUUCCACCUGGAUGUUUCAGAGCCCAAGGUGGUGUUUGCAAAGGAGCAGCCAGCACACAGGGAGGUGCAGACCGAGGCGGGGGCCAGUGCCACGCUAAGCUGCGAGGUGGCCCAGGCCCAGACAGAGGUGACAUGGUACAAGGAUGGGAAGAAACUGAGCUCCAGCUCGAAAGUGCGAAUGGAGGCCGUGGGCUGCACACGGAGGCUGGUGGUGCAGCAGGCGGGCCAGGCGGACGCCGGGGAGUACAGCUCCGAGGCCGGGGGCAAGCGGCUCUCCUUCCGCCUGCACGUGGCAGAGCCCAAGGCGGUGUUUGCCAAGGAGCAGCUGGCACACAGGGAGGUGCAGGCCCAGGCAGGGGCCAGCGCCACACUCAACUGCGAGGUGGCCCAGGCCCAGACGGAGGUGACGUGGUACAAGGACGGGAGGAAGCUGAGCUCCAGCUCGAAAGUGCAUGUGGAGGCCGUGGGCUGCACACGGAGGCUGGUGGUGCAGCAGGCGGGUCAGGCAGAUGCUGGGGAGUACAGCUGCGAGGCAGGGAGCCAGCGGCUGUCCUUCCACCUACACGUGGCAGAGCCCAAGGCAGUGUUUGCCAAGGAGCAGCCAGUGCGCAGAGAGGUGCAGGCCGACUUGGGGACCAGUGCCACGCUGAGCUGCGAGAUGGCCCAAGCCCAGACAGAGGUGACGUGGUACAAGGAUGGGAAGAAACUGAGCUCCAGCUCGAAAGUGCGAAUGGAGGCCGUGGGCUGCACACGGAGGCUGGUGGUACACCAGGCGGGCCAGGCAGACGCUGGGGAGUACAGCUGCGAGGCUGGGGGUCAGCGGCUCUCCUUCCGCCUGCACGUGGCAGAGCCCAAGGUGGUGUUUGCCAAGGAGCAGCCGGCACACAGGGAGCUGCAGGCUGAGGUGGGGGCCAGUGCCACCCUGAGCUGCGAGGUGGCCCAGGCCCAGACGGAGGUGACAUGGUACAAGGACGGGAAGAAGCUGAGCUCCAGCUCAAAAGUGCGCGUGGAAGCCGUGGGCUGCACACGGAGGCUGGUGGUGCAGCAGGUGGGCCAGACAGAGGCUGGGGAAUACAGCUGCGAGGCUGGGGGUCAGCGGCUCUCCUUCCACCUGCAUGUGACAGAGCCCAAGGUGGUGUUUGCCAAGGAGCAGCUGGCACACAGGGAGGUGCAGGCUGAGGCAGGGACCAGCACCAUGCUGAGCUGCGAGGUGGCCCAAGCCCAGACGGAGGUGAUGUGGUACAAGGACAGGAAGAAGCUGAGCUCCAGCUCGAAAGUGCGUGUGGAGGCCGUGGGCUGCACACGGAGGCUGGUGGUGCAGGAGGCAGACCAGGCGGAUGCCGGGGAGUACAGCUGCGAGGCUGGGGGCCAGCGGCUCUCCUUCCACCUACAUGUGGCUGAGCCCAAGGUGGUGUUUGCCAAGGAACAGCCGGCAUGCAGGGUAGUGCAGGCGGAGGCGGGGGCCAGUGCCACACUGAGCUGUGUGGUGGCCCAGGGCCAGAUGGAGGUGACGUGGUACAAGGAUGGGAAGAAGCUGAGCUCCAGCUCGAAAGUGCACGUGGAGGCCGAGGGCUGCACACGGAGGCUAGUGGUGCAGCAGGCGGACCAGGCAGACGCUGGGGAGUACAGCUGUGAGGCGGGGGGCCAGAUGCUCUCCUUCCACCUGCACGUGGCAGGGCCGGAGCCCCAAAUUUCAGAGAGACCCUACCGCAGGGAGCCUCUGGUGGUCAAGGAGCAUGAAGACAUCGUCCUGACUGCCACGCUGGCCACACCCUCUGUGGCCACGGUGACCUGGCUUAAGGAUGGUGUGGAGAUUCGCCGCAGCAAGCGGCACAAGACAGCCAGCCAGGGGGACACCCACACCCUGACUGUGCAUGGCGCUCAGGUGCUGGACAGUGCCGUCUACAGCUGCCGUGUGGGCACAGAGGGGCAGGACUUCCCAGUGCAGGUGGAAGAGGUGGCUGCCAAGUUCUGCCGGCCGCUGGAGCCUGUGUGCGGUGAGCUGGGCGGCACAGUGACACUGGCCUGUGAGCUGAGCUCAGCGUGUGCAGAGGUGGUGUGGCGCUGUGGCAGCACGCAGCUUCAGGUGGGCAAGCGCUUCCAGAUGGUGGCCGAGGGGCCUGUGCGCUUGCUCACUGUGUUGGAGCUGCGUGCAGAGGACGCGGGAGAGUACGUAUGUGAGAGCCGUGAUGACCACACCAGUGCGCAGCUCACUGUCAGUGUACCCCGAGUGGUGAAGUUUAUGUCUGGGCUGAGUGCCGUGGUCGCAGAGGAGGGCUGCAAGGCCACCUUCCAGUGUGUGGUGUCCCCCAGUGAUGCAGCAGUCGUGUGGUUCCGGGACGGUGCCCUGCUACAGCCCAGCGAGAAGUUUGCCAUAUCACAGAGUGGCACCAGUCACAGCCUGACUAUCUCGGGCCUGGUGCUGGAGGACGCAGGCCAGAUCACUGUGGAGGCUGAGGGCGUCUCAUCCUCUGCUGUCCUGAGGGUCCGAGAGGCGCCCGUGCUGUUCAAAAAGAAGCUGGAGCCGCAGACAGUGGAGGAGCGGAGCUCAGUGACCCUGGAGGUGGAGCUGACGCGGCCGUGGCCGGAGCUGAGGUGGACACGGAACGCAGCGGCCCUGGCACCGGGAAAGAACGUGGAGAUCCACGCCGAGGGCGCCCGCCACCGCCUGGUUCUGCACAACGUAGGUUUUGCCGACCGUGGCUUCUUUGGCUGCGAGACUCCGGAUGACAAGACACAGGCCAAACUCACCGUGGAGAUGCGCCAGGUACGGCUGGUCAGGGGCCUGCAGGCAGUGGAGGCACAGGAGCAGGGCACGGCUACCAUGGAGGUGCAUCUGUCGCAUGCGGACGUGGAGGGCAGCUGGACUUGCGACGGCCUGCGGCUCCAUCAGGGGCCCACGUGUCACCUGGCUGUGCGGGGCCCCACACACACCCUCACGCUCUCCCGGCUGAGGCCAGAGGACAGUGGCCUUAUAGUCUUUAAGGCUGAAGGAGUGCACACGUCGGCACUGCUCGUGGUCACCGAGCUGCCUGUGAACUUCAGCCGCCCGCUGCAGGAUGUGGUGACCACCGAGAAGGAGAAGGUUACCCUGGAGUGUGAGCUGUCGCGUCCUAAUGUGGAUGUGCGCUGGCUAAAGGAUGGUGUGGAGCUGCGGGCAGGCAAGACGGUGGGCGUCGCGGCCCAGGGCACCUGCAGGAGCCUCACCAUUUACCGGUGCGAGUUCGCGGAUCAGGGCAUGUAUGUGUGUGAUGCCCAUGACGCCCAGAGCUCUGCCUCUGUGAAGGUGCAAGGCCGCAAUAUCCAGAUCGUGAGGUCCCUGGAGGAUGUGGAAGUGAUGGAGAAGGACGGUGCCACCUUCUCCUGUGAGGUCUCCCACGACGAAGUGUCUGGCCAGUGGUUCCGGGAGGGCAGCAAACUGCGGCCCAGUGACAACGUGCGCAUCCGCCAGGAAGGAAGGACAUACACUCUCAUCUACCGGAGGGUCCUGGCGGAAGAUGCAGGAGAGAUCAAAUUUGUAGCUGAAAAUGCAGAAUCGCGCGCCCAGCUCCGAGUGAAGGAGCUGCCAGUGACCCUCGUGCGUCCUCUGCGGGACAAGAUUGCCAUGGAGAAGCACCGCGGUGUAUUGGAGUGUCAGGUGUCCCGGGCCAGCGCCCAGGUGCGGUGGUUCAAGGGCAUUCAGGAGCUGUGGCCCGGGCCCAAGUACGAGCUGGUCAGUGAUGGCCUCUACCGCAAGCUGAUCAUCAGUGACGUCCAGGCAGAGGACGAGGACACCUACACCUGCGACGCCGGCGAUGUCAAGACUAGUGCACAGUUCUUUGUGGAAGAGCAAUCCAUCACCAUUGUGCGGGGUCUGCAGGACGUGACGGUGAUGGAGCCCGCUCCUGCCUGGUUUGAGUGUGAGACUUCCAUCCCCUCAGUGCGGCCACCUAAGUGGCUCCUGGGGAAGACAGUGUUGCAGGCUGGGGGGAACGUGGGCCUGGAGCAGGAGGGCACGGUGCACCGGCUGAUGCUGCGGCGGACCUGCUCCACCAUGACCGGGCCCGUGCACUUCACCAUCGGCAAGUCUCGCUCCUCUGCCCGCCUGGUGGUCUCAGACAUCCCCGUAGUCCUCACACGGCCGUUGGAGCCCAAGACAGGGCGUGAGCUGCAGUCAGUGGUCCUGUCCUGCGACUUCCGGCCAGCCCCCAAGGCUGUGCAGUGGUACAAGGAUGACACGCCCCUGUCUCCCUCUGAGAAGUUUAAGAUGAGCCUGGAGGGUCAGAUGGCCGAGCUGCGGGUCCUCCGGCUCAUGCCUGCCGAUGCUGGUGUCUACCGGUGCCAGGCGGGCAGCGCCUACAGCAGUACUGAGGUCACUGUGGAAGCGCGGGAGGUGACAGUGACAGGGCCGCUGCAGGAUGCAGAGGCCAUGGAGGAGGGCCGGGCCAGCUUUUCCUGUGAGCUGUCCCAUGAGGACGAGGAGGUCGAGUGGUCGCUCAACGGGAUGCCCCUGUACAACGACAGCUUCCAUGAGAUCUCGCACAGGGGCCGGCGCCACACGCUGGUACUGAAGAGCGUCCGGCGGACUGAUGCAGGCAUAGUAUGCGCCUCUUCCCCCAAGGUGUCAACCUCUGCCCACCUGGAGGUCCGAGUGAAGCCGGUGGUGUUCUUGAAGGCGCUGGAUGACCUGUCCGCAGAGGAGCACAGCACCCUGGCCCUGCAGUGUGAGGUCUCUGACCCCGAGGCCCAUGUGGUGUGGCACAAAGAUGGCGUGCAGCUGGGCCCCAGCGACAAGUAUGACUUCCUGCACACGGUGGGCACGCGGGGGCUCGUGGUGCAUGACCUGAGCCCCGAGGACGCCGGCCUGUACACCUGCCACGUGGGCUCCGAGGAGACCCGAGCCCGGGUCAGGGUGCACGAUCUGCACGUGGGCAUCACCAAGAGGCUGAAGACAGUGGAGGUGCUGGAGGGGGAGAGCUGCAGCUUCGAGUGCAUCCUGUCCCAUGAGAGUGCCAGCGACCCAGCCAUGUGGACAGUCGGUGGGAAGACGGUGGGCAGCUCCAGCCGCUUCCAGGCCACACGUCAGGGCCGAAAAUACAUCCUAGUGGUCCGGGAGGCUGCGCCGAGUGAUGCUGGGGAAGUGGUCUUCUCUGUGCGGGGCCUCACCUCCAAGGCCUCACUCAUUGUCAAAGAGAGGCCGGCGGCCAUCAUGAAGCCCCUGGAAGACCAGCGGGUGGCGCCAGGGGAGGACGUGGAGCUGCGCUGUGAGCUGUCACGGGCGGGCACGCCUGUGCGCUGGCUGAAGGAUGGAAAGGCCAUCUGCAAGAGCCAGAAGUACGAUGUGGUCUGUGAGGGCACGAUGGCUGUGCUGGUCAUCCGCGGGGCCUCGCUCAAGGACGUGGGCGAGUACACGUGUGAGGCGGAGGCUUCCAAGAGCACAGCCAGCCUCUGUGUGGAAGAAAAAGCAAACUGCUUCACAGAGGAGCUGACCAACCUGCAGGUGGAGGAGAAAGGCACAGCUGUGUUCACGUGCAAGACGGAGCGCCCCGCGGCCACAGUGACCUGGCGCAAGGGCCUCUUGGAGCUACAGGCCUCAAGGAAGCACCAGCCCAGCCAGGAUGGCCUGGCCCUGCAGCUCACCAUCAGUGCCCUGGAGAAGGCAGACAGCGACACCUACACCUGCGACAUUGGCCAGGCCCAGUCCCAGGCCCAGCUCCUAGUGCAAGGCCUGAGAGUGCACAUCAUCGAGGACCUGGAGGACGUGGAUGUGCAGGAGGGCUCCUCGGCCACCUUCCGUUGCCGGAUCUCCCCGGCCAAUUACGAGCCUGUGCACUGGUUCCUGGAUAAGACACCCCUGCAUACCAACGAGCUCAAUGAGAUCGAGGCCCAGCCUGGGGGCUACCACGUGCUGACCCUGCGGCAGCUGGCGCUCAAGGACUCGGGCACCAUCUACUUCGAGGCGGGUGACCAGCGGGCCUCGGCCGCCCUGCGGGUCACUGGUAAGCCAAGUGUCUUCUCCCGGGAGCUCACAGAUGCCACCAUCACAGAGGGUGAGGACUUGACCCUGGUGUGCGAGACCAGUGCCUGCGACAGCCCUGUGUGCUGGACCAAGGAUGGGAAGACCCUGCGGGGAUCUGCCCGGUAUCAGCUGAGCCAUGAGGGCCACCGGGCCCAGUUGCUCAUCACUGGGGCCACCCUGCAGGACAGCGGACGCUACAAGUGUGAGACUAGGGGCGCCUGCAGCAGCUCCAUUGUCAGGGUGCACGCCCGGCCAGUGCGGUUCCAGGAGGCCCUGAAGGACCUGGAGGUGCGAGAGGGUGGUGCUGCCACACUGCGCUGUGUGCUGUCGUCUGUGGCUGCGCCCGUGGAAUGGUGCUGUGGAGACAAUGUCCUGAGGCCAGGUGACAAAUACAGCCUACGCCAGGAGGGUGCUGUGUUGGAGCUGGUGGUCCGCGACCUCCGGCCGCAGGACAGCGGGCGGUACUCAUGCUCCUUCGGGGACCAGACUACUUCUGCCACCCUCACGGUGACUGCCCUGCCUGCCCAGUUCAUCGGGAAACUGAGAAACAAGGAGGCCACAGAAGGGGCCACGGCCACACUGAGGUGUGAGCUGAGCAAGGCAGCCCCCGUGGAGUGGAGAAAGGGGUCCGAGACCAUCAGAGAUGGGGACAGAUACUGCCUGAGGCAGGACGGGGCCAUGUGUGAGCUGCAGAUUCGUGGCCUGGCCAUGGUGGAUGCUGGGGAGUACUCGUGUGUGUGUGGAGAGGAAAGGACCUCGGCCUCACUCACUAUCAGGGCCAUGCCUGCCCACUUCAUAGGAAGACUGAGACACCAAGAGAGCACAGAAGGAGCCACAGCCACGCUGCGGUGUGAGCUGAGCAAGGCGGCCCCCGUGGAGUGGAGGAAGGGCCGUGAGAGCCUCAGAGAUGGGGACAGACACAGACUAAGGCAGGAUGGGGCUGUGUGUGAGCUGCAGAUCUGUGGCCUGGCCGUGGCAGAUGCUGGGGAGUACUCCUGUGUGUGUGGGGAGGAGAGGACCUCCGCCACUCUCACCGUGAAGGCUCUACCCGUCAAGUUCACAGAGGGUCUGAGGAAUGAAGAGGCCACAGAAGGGGCAACGGCCACGCUGCGGUGUGAGCUGAGCAAGGUGGCCCCUGUGGAGUGGUGGAAGGGGCAUGAGACCCUCCGAGAUGGAGACAGACAUAGCCUGAUGCAGGAUGGGGCCAGGUGUGAGCUGCAGAUCCGCGGCCUGGUGGCAGAGGACGCUGGGGAGUACCUGUGCAUGUGCGGGAAGGAGAGGACCUCAGCCAUGCUCACCGUCAGGGCCCUGCCUUCCAAGUUCAUAGAGGGUCUGAGGAAUGAAGAGGCCACAGAAGGGGCCACGGCCAUACUGUGGUGUGAGCUGAGCAAGGUGGCCCCGGUGGAGUGGAGGAAAGGGCAUGACUGCCUCAGAGAUGGGGACAGACACAGCCUGAAGCAGGUUGGGUCCAGGUGUGAGCUGCAGAUCCGUGGCCUGGCUGUGGUGGAUGCCGGGGAGUACUCGUGUGUGUGUGGGCAGGAGAGGACCUCAGCCACACUCACUGUCAGGGCCCUGCCUGCCAGAUUCAUAGAAAAUGUGAAAAACCAGGAGGCCAGAGAAGGGGCCACAGCCGUGCUGCAGUGUGAGCUGAGCAAGGCGGACCCCGUGGAGUGGAGGAAGGGGUCUGAGACCCUGAGAGAUGGGGACAGAUACAGCCUGAGGCAGGACGGGACCAGAUGUGAGCUGCAGAUUCGUGGCCUGUCCGUGGCAGACACUGGGGAGUAUUCGUGUGUAUGUGGGCAGGAGAGGACCUCGGCCAUGCUCACCAUCAGGGCCCUGCCUGCACGAUUCACUCAAGAUCUGAAGACCAAGGAGGCCCCAGAAGGGGCCACAGCUACACUGCAGUGUGAGCUGAGCAAGGUGGCCCCUGUGGAAUGGAAGAAGGGUCCUGAGAUCCUCAGAGAUGGGGGCAGAUACAGCCUGAAGCAGGAUGGGACGAAGUGUGAGCUGCAGAUCCAUGACCUGUCUGUGGCAGAUGCUGGGGAAUACUCAUGCGUGUGUGGACAAGAGAGGACCUCGGUCACACUCACCAUCAGGGCCCUGCCCGCCAAGUUCACAGAGGGUCUGAGGAAUGAAGAGACCAUGGAAGGGGCCACAGCCACACUGCAAUGUGAGCUGAGCAAGGCAGCCCCUGUGGAGUGGAGGAAAGGCCUCAAGGCUCUCAGAGAUGGGGACAAAUACAGCCUAAGACAAGAAGGGGCUGUGUGUGAGCUGCAGAUUCAUGGCCUGGCUAUGGCAGAUACCGGGGUGUACUCAUGUGUGUGUGGGCAGGAGAGGACCUCAGCUACACUCACUGUCAGGGCCCUGCCUGCCAGAUUCAUAGAGAAUAUGAGAAGUCAGAAGGCCACAGAAGGGACUACAGUCACACUGCAAUGUAAGCUAAGAAAGGCGGCCCCCGUGGAGUGGAGAAAGGGGCCCAACACCCUCAAAGAUGGGGACAGAUAUAGCCUGAAGCAGGAUGGGACCAGGUGUCAGCUGCAGAUUCGUGGCCUCGUCAUAGCAGAUGCUGGAGAAUACUCGUGCAUAUGUGAGCAGGAGAGGACCUCGGCCACGCUCACCAUCACGGCCCUCCCGGCCAGAUUCAUAGAAGAUGUGAGAAAUCACGAGGCCACAGAAGGGGCCACGGCUGUGCUGCAGUGUGAGCUGAGCAAGGUGGCCCCUGUGGAGUGGCAGAAGGGGUCUGAGACCCUCAGAGAUGGGGACAGAUACAGUCUGAGGCAGGACGGAACGAGGUGUGAGCUGCAGAUUCGUGGCCUGGCUGUGGAGGAUACUGGAGAGUAUUUGUGUGUAUGCGGGCAGGAGAGGACCUCAGCUAUACUCACCGUCAGGGCCCUGCCAGCCAGAUUCAUAGACAACAUGACAAACCAGGAGGCCAGAGAAGGGGCCACAGCCACACUGCAGUGUGAACUGAGCAAGGCGGCCCCAGUGGAGUGGAGGAAGGGACCUGAAACCCUCCGAGAUGGAGACAGACACAGCCUGAGGCAGGAUGGGACCAGGUGUGAGCUGCAGAUUCAUGGCCUGGCUGCGGCAGAUGCUGGGGAGUACUCGUGCAUUUGUGGGCAGGAGAGGACCUCAGCCACACUCACCAUCAGGGCCUUGCCUGCCAAGUUCACAAAGGGUCUGAAGAAUGAAGAGGCCACAGAAGGGGCCACAGCUAUGCUGCAAUGUGAGCUGAGCAAGGCGGCCCCUGUUGAGUGGAGGAAGGGACCUGAAACCCUCAGAGAUGGGGACAGAUAUAGCCUGAGGCAGGACGGGACCAGAUGUGAGCUGCAGAUUCAUGGCCUGUCCGUGGCAGACACUGGGGAGUACUCGUGUGUAUGUGGGCAGGAGAAGACGUUGGCCACUCUCAUUGUCAAGGCCCCACAGCCAGUGUUCCGGGAGCCGCUGCAGAAUCUGCAGGCAGAGGAGGGCUCCAUAGCCACCCUGCAGUGUGAGCUGUCUGAGCCCACUGCUACAGUGGUCUGGAGCAAGGGUGGCCUGCAGCUGCAGGCCAAUGGACGCCGGGAGCCACGGCUUCAGGGCUGCACUGCGGAGCUGGUGUUAUGGGGCCUACGACGUGAAGACACUGGAGAAUACACUUGCACCUGUGGCUCCCAGGCCACCAGUGCCACCCUCACUGUCACAGCUGCCCCUGUGCGGUUCCUCCAAGAGCUGCAGCCCCAGGAGGUGGAUGAGGGAGGCACAGCACACUUACGCUGUGAGCUGAGCCGGGCAGAUGCAAGCGUGGAGUGGCGCAAGGGCUCCCUGCAGCUCUUCCCUUGUGCCAAGUACCAGAUGGUGCAGGAUGGUGCAGCUGCGGAGCUGCUGGUACGCGGAGUGGAGCAGGAGGAUGCGGGUGACUACAUGUGCGACACGGGCCACACACACAGCAUGGCCAGCCUCUCUGUCCGUGUCCCCAGGCCCAAGUUCAAGACCCGGCUGCAGAGCCUGGAGCAGGAGACAGGUGACAUAGCCAGGCUGUGCUGUCAGCUGAGCGAUGCAGAGUCGGGGGCCACGGUGCAAUGGCUCAAGGAGGGUGUGGAGCUGCAUGCAGGCCCCAAGUACGAAAUGCGGAGCCAGGGGGCCAUGCGGGAGCUGCUGAUCCACCAACUGGAGGCCAAGGACACGGGCGAGUAUGCCUGCGUGACAGGCAGCCAGAAAACCACUGCCUCCCUCAGGGUCACAGAGCCUGAGGUGACCAUUGUACGGGGGCUGGUUGAUGCAGAGGUGGCGGCCAAUGAGGAUGUUGAGUUCAGCUGCGAGGUGUCCAGGGCUGGAGCCACAGGCAUGCAGUGGUGCCUACAAGGCCUGCCACUGCAAAGCAAUGAGGUGACAGAAGUGACUGUGCGGGAUGGCCGCAUCCACACACUGCGACUGAAGGGUGUGACACCUGAGGAUGCUGGCACUGUCUCCUUCCAUUUGGGCAACCAUGCUUCCUCCGCCCAGCUCACCAUCAGAGCUCCUGAGGUGACCAUCCUGGAGCCCCUGCAGGACGUACAGCUCAGUGAGGGCCAGGAUGCCAGCUUCCAGUGCCGGCUAUCCAGAGCUUCAGGCCAGGAAGCCUGCUGGGCUUUAGGAGGGGUGCCCCUGCAGGUCAACGAGAUGAAUGACAUCGCUGUGGAGCAGGGCACACUCCACCUGCUUACCCUGCACAAGGUGACCCUUGAAGAUGCUGGAACUGUCAGUUUCCACGUGGGCACGUGUAGCUCUGAGGCCCAGCUGAAAGUCACAGAGGCAGCACCGUGCCUGGUACGUGGCUUGCAGAAUGUGGAUGUCUUCGCGGGGGAGGUGGCCACGUUCUCCUGUGAGGUGUCUCACGCGGGUGGGCCGGAGGCCUGCUGGUGGCUGGAUGGGACCCUGCUACAGGAUGGCCCCCAGAGUGCCAUCACUGUGCGAGACGGGAUCUUUCACUCCCUCACGCUCUCAGGCCUGGGGGUGGCCGACUCCGGCACUGUCACCUUCCGCGCAGGGCCCCUGGUCUCCACGGCUAAGUUGUUGAUGAAAGAUCCCGUGGUGGAGGUGGUCAGUGCCAUGCAGGAUUUGGCCGUGGAGGAGGGUAGCUCAGCUGAGCUCCUCUGCCAGUACUCACGGCCCGUGCAGGCCACAUGGAAGAUGGACGAGCGGGAGGUGCGCACGGAUGGGCACCGUGUCAUCAUAGAGCAGGACUGGAACGUGGCCAGGCUGACCUUCAGGCCGGCCUUGCCCUGUGACAGUGGCAUCUAUUCUUGUGAGGCUGCAGGCACCCGUGUAGUGGCCCUGCUGCAAGUGCAAGCCAAGAACACGGUGGUGCGGGGGCUGGAGAACGUGGAGGCGCUGGAGGGCGGCGAGGCGCUGUUCGAGUGCCAGCUGUCUCAGCCUGAGGUGGCUGCCCACACCUGGCUGCUGGACGACGAACCCGUGCGUACCUCGGAGAACGCCGAGGUGGUCUACUUCGAGAACGGCCUGCGCCACCUGCUGCUGCUCAAAAACUUGCAGCCGCAAGACAGCUGCCGGGUGACCUUCCUGGCUGGGGAUAUGGUGACCUCCGCGUUCCUCACGGUCCGAGGCUGGCGCCUGGAGAUCCUGGAGCCGCUGAAAAAUGCGGCGGUCCGGGCCGGCGCGCAGGCCCUCUUCACCUGCACGCUCAGCGAGGUGGUGCCCGUCGGAGAGGCGUCUUGGUACAUCAAUGGUGCGGCGGUGCAGCCGCAUGACGCCGACUGGACUGUCACCGCCGACGGCAGUCACCACACCCUACUGCUGCGCAGCGCCCAGCUCCUCCACGCCGGGGAGGUCACCUUCGCUUGCCGCGACGCCGUGUCUUCUGCGCGACUCACCGUCCUGGGCCUCCCUGACCCCCCAGAGGAUGCUGAAGUGGUGGCUCGCAGCAGCCACACUGUGACACUGUCUUGGGCAGCUCCCAUGAGUGAUGGAGGCGGUGGUCUCUGUGGCUACCGCGUGGAAGUGAAGGAGGGGGCCACGGGCCAGUGGCAGCUGUGCCAUGAGCUGGUGCCUGGACCCGAGUGUGUGGUGGAUGGCCUGGCCCCCGGGGAGACCUACCGCUUCCGUGUGGCAGCUGUGGGCCCAGUGGGUGCUGGGGAACCGGUUCACCUGCCCCAGACUGUGCGGCUUGCAGAGCCACCGAAGCCUGUGCCUCCCCAGCCCUCUGCCCCUGAGAGCCGGCAGGUGGCAGCUGGUGAGGAUGUCUGUCUGGAGCUUGAGGUGGCAGCUGAGGCUGGCGAGGUCAUCUGGCACAAGGGCACGGAGAGCAUCCAGCCCAGUGGGCGGUUCGAGGUGGUCUCCCAGGGUCGGCGACAGAUGCUGGUGAUCAGGGGCUUCACGGCAGAAGACCAGGGCGAGUACCACUGUGGCCCAGCCCAGGGCUCCGCCUGCCCCACGGCUGCCACCUUCCAGGUGGCACUGAGCCCAGCCUCUGUGGAUGAGGCCCCUCCUCAGCCCAGCCUGCCCCUCGAGGCAGCCCAGGAGGGCGACCUGCACCAACUGUGGGAGGCCCUGGCUCGAAAACGUCGCAUGAGCCGUGAGCCCACGCUAGACUCCAUUAGCGAGCUGCCUGAGGAGGAUGGCCGCUCACAGCACCUGCCACAGGAGGCAGAGGAGGUGGCACCUGAUCUCUCCGAAGGCUACUCCACGGCUGAUGAGCUGGCACGCACUGGAGAGGCUGACCUCUCACACACCAGCUCUGAUGAUGAGUCCCGGGCAGGCACCCCUUCCCUGGUCACCUACCUCAAGAAGGCUGGGAGGCAAGGCACUUCACCACUGGCCAGCAAGGUUGGGGCCCCAGCAGCCCCCUCUGUGAAGCCACAGCAGCAGCAGGAGCCGCUGGCUGCUGUGCGCCCACCGCUGGGAGACCUGAGCACCAAAGACCUGGUGUCCAUUGAUCCCUCAAUGGACAAGGCAGCUGUGAAGAUCCAGGCUGCCUUUAAGGGCUACAAGGUCCGGAAGGAGAUGAAGCAGCAGGAAGGGCCUAUGUUCUCCCACGCAUUUGGGGACACUGAGGCACAGGUAGGGGAUGCCCUGCGGCUGGAGUGUGUCGUGGCCAGCAAGGCAGAUGUGCGAGCCUGCUGGCUGAAGGAUGGUGUGGAGCUGACCGACGGGCGGCACCAUCACAUCGACCAGCUUGGGGAUGGCACCUGUUCUCUGCUGAUCACUGGCCUGGACCAUGCUGAUGCUGGCCACUACACCUGUCAGGUGAGCAACAAGUUUGGCCAGGUGGCCCACAGUGCCUGCGUGGUGGUCAGUGGGACAGAGAGUGAGGCCGAGAGCUCCUCUGGGGGUGAGCUGGACGAUGCCUUCCGCCGGGCUGCCCGGCGGCUGCACCGGCUCUUCCGCACCAAAAGCCCGGCUGAGGUUUCAGACGAGGAGCUCUUCCUGAGUGCAGAUGAGGGCCCUGCAGAGCCAGAGGAGCCCGUGGACUGGCAGACAUACCGUGAAGAUGAGCAUUUCAUUUGCAUCCGUUUUGAGGCACUCACUGAGGCCCGCCAGGCAGUAACUCGCUUCCAGGAGAUGUUUGCCACACUGGGCAUCGGGGUGGAGAUCAACCUGGUGGAGGAGGGGCCUCGGAGGGUAGAGAUGCGCAUCAGCAAAGAGGCCCCCGCCCCUGUGGUGCCUCCAGAGCCAUUGCCCAGCCUGCUGACUUCUGAUGCUGCCCCAGUGUUCCUGACCGAGUUGCAGAACCAGGAAGUACAGGAUGGGUAUCCUGUGAGCUUUGACUGCGUGGUGAGAGGUCAGCCCAUGCCCAGUGUGCGCUGGUUCAAGGAUGGGAAGUUGUUGGAGGAGGAUGACCACUACAUGAUUAAUGAAGACCAACAGGGUGGCCAUCAGCUCAUCAUCACAGCCGUGGUGCCAGCAGACAUGGGUGUCUACCGCUGCCUGGCUGAGAACAGCAUGGGUGUCUCCUCCACCAAGGCUGAGCUCCGUGUGGACUUGACAAGCACAGACUAUGACACUGCAGCGGAUGCCACGGAGACCUCAUCCUACUUCAGUGCCCAAGGCUACUUGUCCAGCCGGGAGCAGGAGGGAACAGAGUCCACCACUGAUGAGGGCCAGCUGCCCCAGGUGGUGGAGGAACUGAGAGACCUCCAGGUGGCCCCUGGCACACACCUGGCCAAGUUCCAGCUCAAGGUGAAAGGCUACCCUGCUCCCAGAUUAUACUGGUUCAAAGAUGGCCAGCCCCUGACCGCAUCUGCCCACAUCCGCAUGACUGACAAAAAGACCCUGCACACCCUGGAGAUCAUCUCAGUCACCCGGGAGGACUCUGGCCAGUAUGCGGCCUACAUCAGCAAUGCCAUGGGUGCCGCCUACUCAUCUGCUCGGCUGCUGGUCCGAGGCCCCGAUGAGCCAGAAGAGAAGCCUGCAUCAGAUGUGCAUGAGCAGCUGGUGCCACCCCGAAUGCUGGAGAGGUUCACCCCCAAGAAAGUGAAGAAAGGCUCCAGCAUCACCUUCUCCGUGAAGGUAGAAGGACGCCCAGCGCCCACCGUGCACUGGCUCAGGGAGGAGGCUGAGAGGGGUGUCCUGUGGAUUGGCCCUGACACGCCAGGCUACACCAUGGCCAGCUCUGCACAGCAGCACAGCCUGGUCCUGCUGGACGUGGGCCGGCAGCACCAGGGCACCUACACGUGCAUCGCCAGCAACGCUGCCGGCCAAGCCCUCUGCUCUGCCAGCCUGCGCGUCUCGGGCCUGUCUAAGGUGGAGGAGCAGGAGAAAGUGAAGGAAGCACUGAUUUCCACUUUCCUGCAGGGGACCACACAAGCCGUCUCAGCACAGGGGUUGGAAACUGCGAGUUUUGCUGACCUUGGUGGACAGAGGAAAGGAGAGCCUCUGGCUGCCAAGGAGGCCCUCAGACACCUGUCCCUUGCUGAGGUGGGCACAGAGGAGUUCCUGCAGAAACUGACCUCCCAGAUCACCGAGAUGGUAUCGGCCAAGAUCACGCAGGCCAAGCUGCAGGUGCCUGGAGGUGACAGCGAUGAUGACUCCAAGACACCAUCUGCAUCCCCCCGCCAUGGCCGAUCACGGCCAUCCUCCAGCAUCCAGGAGUCUUCCUCAGAGUCAGAGGAUGGCGACGCCCGAGGCGAGAUCUUUGACAUCUACGUGGUCACCGCCGAUUACCUGCCCCUGGGGGCUGAGCAGGAUGCCAUCGCACUGCGGGAAGGCCAGUACGUGGAGGUUCUGGAUGCAGCCCACCCACUGCGCUGGCUCGUCCGCACCAAGCCCACCAAGUCCAGCCCCUCACGGCAGGGCUGGGUGUCACCAGCCUACCUGGACAGGAGGCUCAAGCUGUCACCUGAGUGGGGGCCUGCUGAGGCCCCUGAGUUCCCUGGGGAGGCCGUGUCUGAAGAUGAAUACAAGUCAAGGCUGAGCUCUGUGAUCCAGGAGCUACUGAGUUCUGAGCAGGCCUUCGUGGAGGAGCUGCAGUUCCUACAGAGCCACCACCUACAGUACCUGGAGCACUGCCCCCACGUGCCCGCAGCUGUGGCCGGCCAGAAGGCAGUCAUCUUCCGCAAUGUGCGGGACAUCGGCCUCUUUCACAGCAGCAGCUUCCUGCAGGAGCUGCAGCAAUGUGACACGGACGACGACGUGGCCAUGUGCUUCAUCAAGAACCAGGCAGCCUUUGAGCAAUACCUGGAGUUCCUGGUGGGGCGCGUGCAGGCUGAGUCGGUGGUCGUCAGCACGGCCAUCCAGGAGUUCUACAAGAAAUAUGCAGAGGAGGCCCUGUCAACAGGGGACCCCUCUCAGCCCCCACCGCCACCUCUACAACACUACCUGGAGCAGCCGGUGGAGCGGGUGCAGCGAUACCAGGCCUUGCUGAAGGAGCUGAUCCGCAACAAGGCGCGGAACAGACAGAACUGCGCGCUGCUGGAGCAGGCCUAUGCCGUGGUGUCUGCCCUGCCGCAGCGCGCCGAGAACCAGCUGCACGUGUCCCUCAUGGAGAAGUACCCGGGCACCCUGGAGGCCCUGGGCGAGCCCAUCCGCCAGGGCCACUUCAUCGUGUGGGAGGGUGCGCCAGGGGCCCGAAUGCCCUGGAAGGGCCACAACCGUCACGUGUUCCUCUUCCGCAACCACCUGGUAAUCUGCAAGCCCCGGCGAGACUCCCGCACCGAUACCUUCAGCUACGUGUUCCGGAACAUGAUGAAGCUGAGCAGCAUCGACCUGAAUGACCAGGUGGAGGGGGAUGACCGUGCCUUUGAGGUGUGGCAGGAGCGAGAGGACUCGGUGCGCAAGUACCUGCUGCAGGCACGGACAGCCAUUAUCAAGAACUCGUGGGUGAAGGAGAUCUGUGGCAUCCAGCAGCGUCUGGCCCUGCCUGUGUGGCGGCCCCCAGACUUUGAAGAGGAGCUGGCCGACUGCACAGCCGAGCUGGGUGAGACAGUCAAGCUGGCCUGCCGCGUGACGGGCACACCCAAGCCUGUCAUCAGCUGGUACAAAGAUGGGAAACCAGUGCAGGUGGACCCCCACCACAUCCUCAUUGAAGACCCUGAUGGCUCAUGUGCCCUCAUCCUGGACAGCCUGACCGGUGUAGACUCUGGUCAGUACAUGUGCUUCGCGGCCAGCGCCGCUGGCAACUGCAGUACCCUGGGCAAGAUCCUGGUGCAAGUCCCACCACGGUUCAUGAACCAGGUCCGGGCCUCGCCCUUUGUGGAGGGAGAGGAUGCCCAGUUCACCUGCACCAUCGAAGGCGCCCCAUACCCGCAGAUCAGGUGGUACAAGGACGGAGCCCUGCUGACCCCUGGCAGCAAGUUCCAGACACUGAGUGAGCCUCGCAGUGGCCUGCUAGUGCUGGUGAUCCAGGCGGCUGGCAAGGAGGACCUGGGGCUCUACGAGUGUGAGCUGGUGAACCGGCUGGGCUCCACACGAGCUAGUGCAGAGCUGCACAUUCAGAACCCCACGCUGCAGGCCCGGGAGCAGUGCCACAGGGAGCAGCUCGCGGGGGCAGUGGAAGACACCACCCUGGAGCGAGUGGACCAGGAGAUCACAUCCGUCCUGGAGAGACUGCUGGGCCCCAGGGUGCCAGGCCCCUUCACAGGGGACCUCACUGGCCCCGGCCCCUGCCCCGGGUGGGCACCUGCACUCCAGGAAACCGGCUCCCAACCUCCAGUCACCAGAUUUUCGGAGGCACCCGCAGCCGUGCCCCAGAGGGUGCCACAGCCCCUCCUCCACGAAGGCCCAGAGCAGGAGCCGGAGGCCAUUGCCAGAGCCCAGGAAUGGACUGUGCCCAUUCGGAUGGAGGGUGCAGCCAGGCCUGGGGCAGGCACAGGGGAGCUGCUCUGGGAUGUCCACAGCCACGUGGUCACGGAGACCACAGAGAGGACCUACACAUACCAGGCCAUCCACACACACACCGCAAGGCCCCCAUCCAUGCAGGUAACCAUCGAGGAUGUGCAGGCACAGACAGGCACAACGGCCCAAUUCGAGGCUGUCAUUGAGGGCGACCCACAGCCCUCAGUGACCUGGUACAAGGACAGCGUCCAGCUGGUGGACAGCACCCGGCUUAGCCAGCAGCAAGAAGGCACCACAUACUCCCUGGUGCUGAGGCAUGUGGCCUCGAAGGAUGCCGGUGUUUACACCUGCCUGGCCCAAAACGCUGGUGGCCAGGUGCUCUGCAAGGCAGACCUGUUGGUGCUUGGGGGGGACAAUGAGCCGGACUCAGAGAAGCAAAGCCACCGGAGGAAGCUGCACUCCUUCUAUGAGGUCAAGGAGGAGAUUGGAAGGGGUGUGUUUGGCUUCGUGAAAAGAGUGCAGCACAAAGGAAACAAGAUCUUGUGCGCUGCCAAGUUCAUCCCCCUGCGGAGCAGAACUCGGGCCCAGGCAUACAGGGAGCGAGACAUCCUGGCCACGCUGAGCCACCCACUGGUCACGGGGCUGCUGGACCAGUUUGAGACCCGCAAGACCCUCAUCCUCAUCCUGGAGCUGUGCUCAUCCGAGGAGCUGCUGGACCGCCUGUUCAGGAAGGGCGUGGUGACAGAGGCCGAGGUCAAGGUCUACAUCCAGCAGCUGGUGGAGGGGCUGCACUACCUACACAGCCACGGCAUUCUCCACCUGGACAUAAAGCCCUCUAACAUCCUGAUGGUGCAUCCUGCCCGGGAAGACAUUAAAAUCUGCGACUUCGGCUUUGCCCAGAACAUCACCCCAGCAGAGCUGCAGUUCAGCCAGUACGGCUCCCCUGAGUUUGUCUCCCCCGAGAUCAUCCAGCAGAACCCUGUGAGCGAGGCCUCCGACAUCUGGGCCAUGGGUGUCAUCUCCUACCUCAGCCUGACCUGCUCAUCCCCAUUUGCCGGCGAGAGUGACCGUGCCACCCUCCUGAACAUCCUGGAGGGUCGUGUGUCAUGGAGCAGCCCCAUGGCUGCCCACCUCAGCGAAGACGCCAAAGACUUCAUCAAGGCUACGCUGCAGAGAGCCUCUCAGGCCCGGCCUAGUGCAGCCCAGUGCCUCUCCCACCCCUGGUUCCUGAAAUCCAUGCCUGCGGAGGAGGCCCACUUCAUCAACACCAAGCAGCUCAAGUUCCUCCUGGCCCGAAGUCGCUGGCAGCGUUCCCUGAUGAGCUACAAGUCCAUCCUGGUGAUGCGCUCCAUCCCUGAGCUGCUGCGGGGCCCUCCUGACAGCCCCUCCCUCGGUGUGGCCCGGCACCUCUGCAGGGACACUGGUGGCUCCUCCAGUUCCUCCUCCUCCUCUGACAAUGAGCUCGCCCCAUUCGCCCGGGCUAAGUCACUGCCACCCUCCCCGGUUACACACUCGCCACUGCUGCACCCCCGGGGCUUCCUGCGGCCCUCGGCCAGCCUGCCUGAGGAGGCCGAGGCCACUGUGCCCUCCGCCGAGGCCUCAGCUCUGCCUGCAUCUCCUGAGGGUGCUGGGCCACCAGCUGCCCAGGGCUGUGUACCCCGGCACAGCGUCAUCCACAGCCUGUUCUACCAGCAGGCGGGUGAGAGCCCUGAGCAUGGGGCCCUGGCCCCGGGGAGCAGGCGGCACCUGGCCCGGCGGCGGCACCUGCUGAAGGGCGGGUACAUUGCGGGGGCGCUGCCUGGCCUGCGCGAGCCACUGAUGGAGCACUGCAUGCUGGAGGAGGAAGCUGCCAGGGAGGAGCAGGCCACCCUCCUGACCAAAGCCCCCUCCUUUGAGACUGCCCUCCGGCUGCCUGCGUCUGGCACCCACUUGGCCCCUGGCCACAGCCGCUCCCUGGACACGGAACAUGACCCUCCGAGCACCCCACGCCGCUCCCCAGAGGCCUGCUGUGAGGCACAGCGACUGCCUUCAGCCCCCUCUGGGGGAGCCCCUGUGAGGGACAUGGGGCACCCUCAGGGCUACAAGCAACCUCCAUCCACUGGUGGCCACCCAGGCACUGCUCAGCCAGAGAGUCCAUCCCUGGACCACCCUUGGGGGCAGCCAGCCCCUUUCUGUCAUGCCAAGCAGGGUUCUGCCCCCCAGGAGGGCUGCAGCCCCCACUCAGCAGUUGCCCCAUGCCCUCCUGGCUCCUUCCCUCUAGGAUCUUGCAAAGAGACCCCCUUAGUACCCUCAAGCCCCUUCUUGGGACAGCCCCAGGUACCCCCUGCCCCUGCCAAAGCAAGCCCCCCACUAGACUCUAAGAUGGGGCCUGGAGACAUCUCUCUUCCUGGGAGGCCAAAACCUGGCCCCUGCAGUUCCCCAGGGUCAGCCUCCCAGGCGAGCUCUUCCCAAGUGAGCUCCCUCAGGGUGGGCUCCUCCCGGGUGGGCACAGAGCCUAGCCCCUCCCUCGAUGCUGAGGGCUGGUCCCAGGAGGCUGAGGAUCUGUCUGACUCCACACCCACCCUGCAGCGGCCUCAGGAACAGGUGACCACGCGGAAGUUCUCCCUGGGAUGUCGCGGGGGCUACGCAGGUGUGGCUGGCUAUGGCGCCUUUGCCUUUGGUGGAGAUGCGGGGGGCAUGCUGGGGCAGGGACCCAUGUGGUCCAGGAUAGCCUGGGCUGUGUCCCAGUCCUCAGAGGAGCAGGAGGAGGCCAGGGCUGAGAGCCCACUGCCUCAGAUCAGUGCAAGGCCUGUGCCUGAGGUCAGCAGAGCUCCCUCUAGGAGCUCUCCAGAGCCCACCCCAUGGGAGGACGUUGGGCAGGUCUCCCUGGUACAGAUCCAGGACCUGUUAGGUGAUGCAGAGGCGGCUGACACAAUAUCCCUGGACAUUUCCGAGGUGGACCCCGCCUACCUCAACCUCUCGGACCUGUACGACAUCAAGUACCUCCCAUUCGAGUUUAUGAUCUUCAGGAAAGUCCCCAAGCCCACUCAGCCAGAGCCACCCUCCCCCAUGGCUGAGGAGGAGCUGGCCGAGUUCCCGGGACCCAUGAGGCCCUGGCAAGGUGAAAUGGGCCCCCACGCAGGCCUGGAGAUCACAGAGGAGCCAGAGGACGUGGAUGCGCUGCUGGCGGAGGCUGCAGUGGGCAGGAAGUGCAAGUGGUCCUCACCGUCACGCAGCCUCUUCCACUUCCCUGGGAGGUACCUGCCACUGGAUGAGCCUGCGGAGCGGGGGCUGCGUGAGAGAGUGAAGGCCUCCAUGGAGCACAUCUCCCGGAUCCUGAAGGGCAGGCCGGAAGGUCUGGAGAAGGAGGGGCCCCCCAGGAAGGAGCCAGGCCUUGCUUCCUUCCGGCCGUCAGGUCUGAAGAGCUGGGACCGAGCGCCAACAUUCCUAAGGGAGCUAUCAGAUGAGACUGUGGUCCUGGGCCAGUCAGUGACACUGGCCUGCCAGGUGUCGGCCCAGCCAGCUGCCCAGGCCACCUGGAGCAAAGAUGGAGCCCCCCUGGAGAGCAGCAGCCGUGUCCUCAUCUCCACUACCCUCAAGAACUUCCAGCUUCUGACCAUCCUGGUGGUGGCAGCUGAGGACCUGGGUGUGUACACCUGCAGCGCGAGCAAUGCGCUGGGGACAGCGACCACCACGGGUGUCCUCCGGAAGGCAGAGCGCCCCUCAUCCUCGCCAUGCCCGGAUAUUGGGGAGGUGUACGCGGAUGGGGUGCUGCUGGUCUGGAAGCCCGUGGAAUCCUACGGCCCUGUGACCUACAUUGUGCAGUGCAGCCUAGAAGGCGGCAGUUGGACCACACUGGCCUCCGACAUCUUUGACUGCUGCUACCUGACCAGCAAGCUCUCCCGGGGCAGGACCUACACCUUCCGCACGGCAUGUGUCAGCAAGGCAGGAAUGGGCCCCUACAGCAGCCCCUCGGAGCAAGUCCUCCUGGGAGGGCCCAGCCACCUGGCCUCUGAGGAGGAGAGCCAGGGGCGGCCAGCCCAACCCCUGACCAGCACAAAGACCUUCGCAUUCCAGACACAGAUCCGGAGGGGCCGCUUCAGUGUGGUGCGGCAGUGCUGGGAGAAGGCCAGCAGGCGGGCGCUGGCGGCCAAGAUCAUCCCCUACCGCCCCAAGGACAAGAUGGCAGUGCUGCGUGAAUACGAGGCCCUCAAGGGCCUGCGCCACCCGCACCUGGCCCAGUUGCAUGCAGCCUACCUCAGCCCCCGGCACCUGGUGCUCAUCUUGGAGCUGUGCUCUGGGCCCGAGCUGCUCCCCUGCCUGGCUGAGAGGGCCUCCUACUCAGAAUCGGAGGUGAAGGACUACCUGUGGCAGAUGCUGAGCGCCACCCAGUACCUGCACGCCCAGCACAUCCUGCACCUGGACCUGAGGUCUGAGAACAUGAUCAUCACGGAAUACAACCUGCUCAAGGUCGUGGACCUGGGCAAUGCACAGAGCCUCAGCCAGGAGAAGGUGCUGCCCUCAGAGAAGUUCAAGGACUACCUAGAGACCAUGGCUCCAGAGCUCCUGGAGGGCCAGGGGGCUCUUCCGCAGACAGACAUCUGGGCCAUCGGUGUGACAGCCUUCAUCAUGCUGAGCGCCGAGUACCCGGUGAGCAGCGAGGGUGCACGCGACCUGCAGAGAGGACUGCGCAAGGGGCUGGUCCGGCUGAGCCGCUGCUACGCGGGGCUGUCCGGGGGCGCCGUGGCUUUCCUGCGCAGCACUCUGUGCGCCCAGCCCUGGGGCCGGCCCUGCGCGUCCAGCUGCCUGCAGUGCCCGUGGCUGACAGAGGAGGGCCCGGCGUGUUCGCGGCCCGCGCCCGUGACCUUCCCUACCGCGCGACUGCGCGUCUUCGUGCGCGAUCGCCAGAAGAGACGGGCGCUGCUGUACAAGAGGCACAACCUGGCCCAGGUGCGCUGAGGGUCGCUCUGGGCCGCACCUCUCGGUCUCCCCGCUAGGGCUCGCUGCAGACGCGCCAAUAAAAACGCACAACCGGGCGAGAA